AUGUCAUUCUUAAAUCUAGAGUCUACGAAAAACCUGGAACAAUGGCUGCAACGAAUUAACAACUUUGAUAUGCCGCGAAACAAUUGGCGGUGGUUCCGAGUUUUGGUGAAUCUGGCACUGAUGAAGGUGCUGGGAUCCGACAAAGACAAAGCGAGACAAGCUAUGGAUGCUGACUUUGAAUUGCUUGAUCAGUUCUAUGUCGGAGAGCGAUGGUCCUCAGAUGGUGUUUGGGGGGACAAUAGGAAGCAGGCAGACUACUACUCUGGAAGUUUCGCCAUCCAAUUCGCACAGAUACUGUACGUCCACUGCGCAGUAGAUGACGAGAAAAGAGUUGCAAAAUAUCGACAACAAGCGAUGGAAUUUGCAUCCGAGUACUGGAGAUACUUUGACACAAACGGAGCUGCUAUUCCUUUUGGUCGAAGCAUGACUUACCGAUUUUCCUGUGGAGCCUUCUGGUCGGCCCUUGCUCUCUCGGGAAUCCAGUCAUCCGAGUCUCGACUUAACCUGGGUAUAAUCAAGGGACUUCUCCUGCGUCACCGGCGAUGGUGGGCGAAACAAACAGACAUCUUCAAUUCAGAUGGUACCAUGAAUAUUGGCUAUGCCUACCCCAACAUGUACAUGUCGGAGGAUUAUAAUUCCAGACAAUCUGUCUACUGGUGUUUGAAGUCUUUCGUCGUGCUUGGGCUACCAUCAGACCAUCCAUUCUGGACCGUCCAAGAAGAACCCCAUCCGAUCUAUGCCUUGAAUCCAACCGCCAGACACCCUGACACUGCAUGGCUCUUUCCAGCACCUCAUCAGAUAGUAUGCCAUUCUGAAGAGCAUCAUUACCUUCUAUCAGCGGGACAGAUGACUACCCAAAUGUUCAAAGCCAGAGAAGCAAAGUAUGGAAAGUUUGCAUACUCUUCUGCCUUUGGGUACAGCAUCCCAACUGGCGUGGAACUCCACCAGAUUGCACCCGAAAGCACUUUGACUGUAAAGUUGGAUGACGAUGGACCGUGGAGGGUCAGGUCACAACCGUUCGAUGUUCGCUUCGACACGAUACCUAUCCACUCGGCAAAAGGCCGUGGCCAUCUUCCUUCUAUUACCAGCAAGUGGAGGCCAGUCAAGAGCCUGGACUUGACAAUCCAAACCACUUUGGUUCCUUUAACUUACCAUUAA